AUGUUGCAUAGCCACGGGUUACCUGUGCCCGCGCCGCGUCCCCCCUCGUUUGCCCGCCAUGCCUUGGAGUGGGGAGCUGCCGCAUCCGCCAGCAUUCCUCCCCUCCGCGUUCGCAUUCCUCCCCUCUGUUCAUUCCUCCCCUCCGCGUUCGCAUUCCUCCCCUCCGCGUUCGCAUUCCUCCCCUCCGCGCUCACAUUCGGCCCAUCCGCGCUCGCAUUCCUCCCCUCCGCGCUCACAUUCGGCCCAUCCGCGCUCACAUUCGGCCCAUCCGCGCUCACAUUCGGCCCAUCCGCGCUCACAUUCGGCCCAUCCGCGCUCACAUUCGGCCCAUCCGCGCUCACAUUCGGCCCAUCCGCGCUCACAUUCGGCCCAUCCUCGCUCACAUUCGGCCCAUCCGCGCUCACAUUCGGCCCAUCCGCGCUCACAUUCCUCCCUUCCACGCUCACAUUCCUCCCCCUCCGCUCUCACAUUCCUCCCCUCCGCUCUCACGUUCCUCCCCUCCGCCUCCUCGCUCACAUUCCUCCCCUCCCCCUCCGCGCACACAUUCCUCCCCCUCCUCGCUCACAUUCCUCCCCUCCCCCUCCGCGCACACAUUCCUCCCCCUCCUCGCUCACAUUCCUCUCCCUCCGCGCUCAUAUUCCUCCCCUCCGAGCCCCUACCCUCCCCUCCGCCCUCACAUUCUUCCCCUCCGCGAUCGCAUUCCUCCCUUCUGCCCUCACAUUCCUCCCCUCCCCCUCCACGGCCACAUUCCUCCCCUCCGCUCUCACGUUCCUCCACUCCACCUCCUCGCUCACAUUCCUCCACCUCCUCACUCACAUUCCUCCACCUCCUCACUCACAUUCCUCCCCCUCCUCGCUCACAUUCCUCCGCCUCCGCGCUCACAUUCCUCCCUUCCCCCUACGCAUUCGCAUUCCUACCAUCCGCGCUCAUAUUCCUCCCCUCUACGCUCACAUGAUUCCUCCCCUCCGCGCCCCUACCCUCCCUCCGCCCUCACAUUCCUCCCCUCCGCGCCCCUACCCUCCCUCUGCCCUCACAUUCCUCCCCUCCGCGCCCCUACCCUCCCUCCGCCCUCACAUUCCUCCCCUCCGCGCUCACAUUCCUCCCCUCCACGCUCACAUUCCUCCCCUCACUAGUGUUCCCUCUCCUCAUCUCUCAUCAUCCUCACCGUUUUGUCCUUCGCUCUCCUCUUAUCAAACCCGAUUGUCUCACAUCACACCAGCCCUAGAUGUCUCCCAUCCCCUCUCCUCUCCUAUGCCCCACUUGUCUCCCAUCCCUGCUCCUCUCAUAUACCCCACUUGUCUCCCCUCCCUGCUCCUCUCACAUACCCCACUUGUCUCCCCGUGUGGGUCCUCUCAUCUGCUCCACUUGUCUCCCCUCCCUGCUCCUCUCAUAUACCCCACUUGA